UCAUGAGGCCCCCGGGCAAUAGGGGAUCAUGGGGCCCCUGUGUCCUUGCCCAAACUCAAAAAAGCCUAUGAAAAAGGUACCAGGGGCAUCUCAUGGGGCCCCCCUACUGACCCCGGGCCCUUGGGCAGUGCCCGAGUUUCCAAAUGGUCAGUCCGCCCCUGAUCCGCCCCUGCCUCCAGCUGUCGCCAAACUACAAGUCCCAUGAGGUAUUGCAUGACUGACAGUUACAAGCAUGACUCCCAAAGGUAGAGGCAUGAUGGAACUUGUAGUUUCACAACAGCUAGAGGGCUGCCAGUUUGACACCCCUGAUCUAAGACUAGUGAU